CUAGUGCGCUAGCUUGGUACCGUGAUUGCGUUCCUGACCUCACUUCUGUUGGUGUAGGCCUGCACACUGCUAUCUGACAGCGUACGUGCUUCUGGAUUCUGCACAGGAUGACUGCUUCUCACACCAACGGCAAUGGCACGGAGCCGCACCUCGGUCGCUCAGAGGAGGUCAAAGACCUACUCGAUGCUGUGCAAGAGCUCAUCAUUCCAUUCAUUGCUGCCGCAGACCGCGAUGCGGAGACUAAGCACACCGGCCACGGCCUUGCCAUCAAGGGUGGCGCACCUCGCACUGCCCUGGUGGAGCACCAUCCCCCGAAGAAGCUCGAGGCUCUACUGCAGGACCAUCUCAAGAUCGGCGACCAUGUCGAGACAGGCAAGCACAGGCUCAUCGAUCUCGUUGGUUCAGUCUUGAAGUACAGUGUAAACACCUGGGACCAAGGAUUUCUGGACAAGCUAUACGCCUCGACAAACGCCGUAGGCCUGGUCUCGGAGCUCCUCCUCGCAGUGCUAAACACAAACGUGCACGUCUAUCAAGUCUCCCCCGUGCUGACCCUGAUCGAGAAAGCGACAGCAAAGUAUCUCGCGACUCUCUUCGGCUACCCCUCGCAGUACUCAGGCGGCAUCUCGCAGCCCGGCGGCAGUGCCUCAAACAGCUCCGCCAUCGUAAUCGCACGGAACACGCUCUACCCAGAGACCAAGACCGAGGGCAACGCGGCUCACAACUUUACACUAUUUACCUCUGCACACGGCCACUACUCUGUCGAAAAAGCCGCGAACCUGUUCGGCCUCGGGAGCAAAAACGUCAUCAGCGUCCCCGUCGAUGAGGCCGGGCGCAUGCUGCCAUCCGAACUCGAGCGGCUCGUCAAGCAGAGUAGAGAAAGAGGCGAGACGCCUUUCUUCGUCAACGCAACAGCCGGCACCACCGUGCACGGCUCGUACGACCCCUUCCGCGCUCUCAGCGCAGUCUGCAAGAAAGAGAACCUGUGGCUGCACAUCGACGGCUCGUGGGGCGGCAGCGUCAUCUUCAACCGCGAACUCGCCUCCACGCGCCUCGACGGCUGCGAGCUCGCAGACUCCAUCGCCAUCAACCCGCACAAAAUGCUCGGCGCGCCCAUCACAUGCUCCUUCCUGCUGGGCCGCGACAUGCGGACGUUCCACAACGCCCUCACGCUGCCCGCGGGAUACCUGUUCCACAGCGCCGGCGCAGACGUGAACGACAUGUACGACCUCGCCGACCUCACGCCGCAGUGCGGCCGCCGCGGCGACGCGCUGAAGAUGUUCCUCAUGCUGCAGUACUACGGGCCGCGGUACUUCUCGGACCUCGUGGCGCGGGGCUUCGCCAACGCGAACUACCUGCUGCAGAAGCUCAAGCAGCAGGGCGACUUUGUGACCAUCAGCCCCGAGCCGGUGCCGUGUCUGCAGGUGUGCUUUUACUUUGCGCGGAACGGGACGCUGGGCGAGGACGCGGAGCACAACGGCAGGAUCACGAGCGAGAUUGCGCACCGCUUGAUUCCACGGGGCUUCAUGAUCGACUUUGCGCCGGGCGAGAAGGGGAGGUUCUUCCGCGUCGUCGUCAACGGCGGCACGAGGACGGGCACCCUCGACGGGCUCGUCAAGGCGCUCGUCGAGACGGCUGCAGAUCUGGGCUACUGAAGCCUCUGUGCGCAGGUGCACCGUGGUACCAUGAUGUUGUAGGUCGCACAGUGGUAGAAUAGAAACAGGAGCGUUGGACCCAUUUGAAGGACUCGAGAGCAAAUCAAUACAACUUCUGACCAGCCCAGCAAGGUUUCUCGCAGCUCGCAUCCAUGCACCACACACUCCUGUAUCGCCGCGCGUAUAGCACUGCGUCUUCCCGUCUCGAAGCAGUGCCGCUUGCACCUCCUCGUCAGUGCUGCGAUGAGCAAUUGAAACAGCCCCCAUAUUCUCCGAGACACGCAGCAUACACGUCCUCGCAGCGAUACUCUGCAGCGAUGCCACCUGCCCACCGAGAUUCGUGCAAU